AUGGGGGGUUCCUCUCCAACAGAUUCCGAAGCCGUUUCCGCCAUAGGUUCCGCGCAAACUCCACCAGUUGCGGAGGAUACUCCCGCUGCGCCAGGCGCAGACGUUACGGCCCCUGCUCUGGUAGCUGACGCUGCGGCAGCUACGGCAGCGGCGGCGACGUCAGCGGAAAAUGAAGGAUCCGCGGACGGCGGAAAGCAGGCGGAAACCCCAGUAGCGCCUGUGCCGGCUGCAGAGGGUGGUGUCGCGUCUGUAGCGGCGGAGGGUGCGGCUGUAGCGGCGGGCGUUGCGGCAUCCGCGGACGGCGGAGGGGGGCCGAUGUGGAAGACGACUCUGUGCUCGUUCUUCCGCAAGCACGGGGAGUGCAAGCACGGCGCGCGGUGCAAGUUCGCGCACGGGGAGGCGGAACUGCGCGCGCGCCCGGACGGGUCGUUUGACCCCACUUCCGCGCGCGGGGGGGCUAAGCGGAGCGAUAAGGGGGCAGGGGAAGGGGACCAGGGCAACAAGGGGAAGAAUCGGGGGAGGAAACGCGGAGGCGGAGGGUCAUGGGGGAGAGAGGCGGAAGAAACGGAGGAUGCGGGGGAAGAGGGGAAGGAAGGGGGGCCUGGCGGGGAAGGCGAGUGGAGUCGGCUUUGCGUGCAGAACCUACCCAAGUGGUGGAAUAGUUUGGACUAUUGUGGGUCAAGGAAAAGCCAGGGCGUGGCGUUUGGGUUCGUGUCAUUUGAGACAGCCGCUACAGCAGAUAAGGCCACUCAGCUGCUGCACGGCAAGCUGGUGAGGAACCAGACGCUGGACGUGAAACCGGCAAGGUACCGCACUCAGAAACUGACGGCGUUUGCCGCCCAGGAGGGCGGCGAGGGGCACGAGGACAAGAAGAGGAGAACAGAGGGGGAAGGAAUAGGAGAGGCAGGGGAGGAUGAUGGGAAAGAGGAGGGCGGGAGAGGUGGGGAGGGUGAGGAUGAGGAGGAAACGGAAGAGAUGGAUGAGGAAGGAGAGGAUGGGGAAGAGGGAGGCAGAGGAGGAGAGAGGGAAGGGGAGAAAGCGGAGGGGAGGGUGAAGAGGGAAGCGUGGGAGGCGGUGACGCCACUGGCAAAGAUGGGGUAUGAGGAACAGCUGGAGAUGAAGGGAGGGCGAGUGGCGAAGGAUCUGCAGCGGAUUGUGACGAAAAUGAGGAAGCUUUAUUCAAGAAAGAGUUUUGCGCAGCUGCCAGAGUGGAUCAAGAGUGCUAAAGCGAGAGCCCACCUCCCGUGCACCUUUGAGGGAAUCUACGCCUCUCCAGUGGUGGACGGCUAUCGCAACAAGUGCGAGUUCUCCAUCGGGCCCUCUGCUUCUGGUCAGGCAACAGUCGGGUUUCUUCUCGGAAACUUCCGCGAUGGAGUGACAGCAGUGGCAGAGCCAUCGGGCUGUCGAAACAUCUCCCCCAUUGCCAUAGCCUUUGCACGCCUGGUGCAGGGGGUGGUUCGAGAAUCACCCCUGGCUGCAUGGGACAAGGUGAGGGAAGGCACGGCCGAACCACUCACCCCCGCACCACAUCCCGAGCCUGCUGCCGCUGCUGACGUGGCGCCCAUGGACGUGGACCAAUCAGCAGCCGCAGAUGCUGAACAACCACCCGCAGAAAAGCAGGAUGACAACGGCGGCACAGGAAAUGAAGAUGGUCAAAGAGGUGAAGGUGACGCAAGGAAUGACACAAGGAAUGACACAAGGAAUGACACAAGGGAUGACACAUUGGAAGGGGAAGGCUCAAAGGGAGGUGACGGGCCAAGGCACAGUGGCAGGGCGGCAGUGAAUCAAGUGAUGCUGCUGCUGCAGGUGAACCCUGCUGGUGUCGAUCGAACGGCCAUGGAUGCGGAGCUGAGCAGAUUGACGGCUGAGAUUGCAGCAGGAGCAGCGGCGCACAGCCCUCCAUUGCCUCUCACCCUCAUCCUGGUUCAGGAGCAUUCAGGUGUCUCCAAUGCCGCCCCUGAAAGCUGCCCCAUCCGCCCGCUCUACCCUCGCUCUAGAAUCACCCAGCCGUCAGCAGCAGUGGCGGGGAAUGGGAGUGCGAGUGCAGUGCAAGGGGAAGCAGAUGCGUCCCUGGUGGAGGCACUUGAAGCACAAGCGCAAAGUCAAAGAGCAGCAGAAGGAACAGAAGCAGCAGCAGGAGGAGAAGCAGGAGCAGCAGCAGCAGCAGCACUGGCAGGGGAGCCAGCGUGUGACACACACAUAUACGACCAUCUGUGUGGUCUUAAGUUCCGCCUCUCUCCCACGUCCUUCUUCCAGGUGAUUGGAAUCGAGAUGAACGAGUCAGCAGUGGAGGAUGCAAGGAAGAAUGCAGCCAUUAACGGCAUUCAGCAUGCUGAGUUCAUCGCCUCACGGGCGGAGUUGGUGCUGCCAAAGCUCCUCCAUAAGUACCUCCCCCAGGUGAAGCCUGCCCGUGACAGCCUCCGUAAGGAAAAGGGGGCCAAGGAGGGGCAGCAGCAGGGGGGAGGGAAAGAGGAGGGGAAGGAGGAAAGGAAGGAGGAAGGGAAAAAGGAGUUUGAGUUCUCUCGAGUCGUGACAAUCGUAGAUCCUCCAAGAGCUGGUCUGCAUCCCACGGUGCUAAGAGCGCUUCGAGAGAAUCCCAAGAUCGAGCAGCUGCUCUACAUCUCAUGCAACCCAUCGUCUCUCGUGGCAAACGUCCUAGACCUCUGCUCGCCGCCUCCCGAGCUCAAGAAGCCGCAAGCAGGAGGGGGCGGGUGGAGCAAGUGGGGGCCUGCAGCGGGGCAGAGGGCCAUGGCUGGGGAGCCAUUCCGACCUGUCAGAGCCGUGGCUGUGGACUUGUUUCCGCACACGGAGCACUGUGAAGUGGUGAUGCUGCUGGAAAGGUAG